AUGGAGUUUGGAAUUUGGAAGGAAUUCAAUCAAAGUCUUGUAGCUUUUCACUACUUCUUUUUGCCUUACUUUAUGGGUCUUGAGAAGUUAUGUGUUACCCACACCCACGUAAUUGCGUAUGUGGUGCGACUCGAGGCCGGACUUCUAGUUCCAAUAAAGACCCUAUUAUAUAAUGAGAUUUACCUGUGCUACCUUGUAAAAAAAGAAAAACCUGCCGGUGGAAAUUCGGCGUUCUCGUCUUUCCCCUGCUUUCACAUUCAUAUAAAGUCAUAUUUGGAGAGACCAUGCAUUUUUUUUGAAGGUAAUAUUACUUUGAAGAAAGCUGUAAAUGUAGGGAAAACGUGUCGGAACGAGGGUGGUUUGCAACGCAUACCACAUUCAGAAUAUAUCCAAGAAAGGUCAUUGUAUUGUUAUGGAGAAAUCGAAUUAUUCAUGUAUCAAACGUUGCAAGGUUAUUUGGCGCCAUAUACAGGAAAAUUUCUCGCACACAGCACAGAGUCCGAUUAG